UGUGUGUGUGAGGGGCGGAGCUCUCUCUUAGUUCUCUGUAAUGAAGGUGAAAGUGAAAAUAGUUUUCGACUCAGAAACAGAGAAACUGCACCGUUACACUUCCUGCUGUAACGGACUGAUAAAGGAGGAAUAUAUGUGUGUGUAGACAGGAGACAUUUUAAACACGGGGUUUAAACCUUAAUGAGAUAAAUACCGAGUAUAAGCCGCUCUGAAAUGUGGAAACGCUUCAGCUAAAGCAGCAGAUGUGUUUAUAUGAGGAACAGAGAAGGAUUUUAUUAUUUUGAAUCUACAGAAAGAGAUAAAGAUGGGGAAUGGAAACAAUAAGCUCAUUGGUCCCAGUGGUAAAGAGUGGUAUAAUCACUCUGCUGUCACUCUCUCAUGUCGUCUGUCUCCUGAAAUCAGUGCUGUUAACAUGGAGAUCCGGUGGUUUAAGGAGACAGACUGUGUUUGUGUUUAUAAGAACAGAGAGGUGACAGAGGGGAAAGAUUACAGGGGCAGAGUGAGUCUGUUCACUCAGGAGCUGGAGAGAGGAAACGUCUCCUUAAAGCUGAGAAACUGUACAGAGACAGAUUUUGGAUAUUACCUGUGUCAGGUCACUAAUGGAGACAGAACAGAGGAUAUUACAGUACAGAUGGGAUCUUCAGUAUUGUCUCGAAUGUUUGAUAAAGACACCUGGGUUUGUCAGAGUUACAGAAAAUGGACAGAAGUUGAAAGACUAAAAAUUGAUAAAUGUGCUCUACUAAUUGAACUGAGAAAUAAAGACCAAAGAAUCUUAGCUCUUGAGAAUGAGAUCCAGCACCUUCGGAGGAUAGUCCCCUGGAGACGAAACAGCAGAGAUUUUUUGCCUCCUCUAUUUGGUGGCUUGUCUUGACAUGUGCAAGCACACUGAGAGAGGACGUGGGACUCUGUGUCUGUUCUUGUAAAGCAGCCUACAGAAGAGGAGAGAGAUGUUGGAGAAAAUGGAGGAGAUCUUUGGAAAGAGUUCAUAAAGGAAAAUCAUGAUCAUAUUAAGUGUUACUUCUUCUAAUAUAUCCCACCCGAUAACAGGUGCCAAGAUGGGGAGAUAAUCAGUGUUCUUUACUUCACCAGUCACUGCUGAUAAUGUUAUGCCUGAUCAGUGUAUAAUGAUAUUAUAAUGAUAUGUAAUAUUAUAUAAUGUUUACUAAUGGUUACUCUCAAUUUAACUUUAUAAGUGCAUUUCUCCUGUUGCCUGGUCCUGCUUCUUAAUUCCUGUCUCCUUUCUAUAAUACAAACAGAACAGCUGAAUUUCAACAUACUCUUUAUGUGUAAUCCAUUUCAAUGUGUUUGAAUGUAUAAUAAACAGAGUAAUUGUAAUAAAUUCUUCCACCAGUAGAGGUCAACAA